CCCAAAGUUUCGUGUUUCUCGAACUACAAACAAAAAAAAGGCACAGAGAGACAAGAAGGCCGUCCUUCUCAAUCUCUCUCUCUCUCUCUAAAAUCUCGGACCUGAAUUUUAUUUUGGCCACUAAAAAUAGGAAAAAUACAUUGCUUUUUCGCUCUGUUGUUUAAUAUUAUUGUUGUUGUUAUUAUUAUUAUUUUUAAUUGUUCACUUUUUAUUGACGGAUCGGUGCUGAGAAAACUUGGGGGGUUUAUUAUUAUUAUUAUUGUUGUUGCUGUUGUUUUCUCUCCAGCAUUUCCAAAUAUAUUUCCCAGGAAAUUUCAAAUUCCCCCUUUUUUCGAUCUCGAGCCUCCAAGUGCGAUAUUUUCAUCGCUGAGGAGUUUCGCGAUUCGCAUGUCACAUCAGGUUUAGCCAUGAAUAUCACAUUAGAGUCACUGACAGAUGAACAGUGGGGACUUGAAAGUUCAAAUGGAACCGUUAAUGAGGAAGCUGGAGGAGAACAAAAUUAUGUUGCCAUGUUUCGAGGUAACCAGAAAUCAUCGCUGGUGGAGUGGUUAAAUUGUAUGGUUCCUCAUUUGAGGUUACCACUGGGAGCUUCAGUGGAGGAAAUGAGGGCUUGCUUGAUUGAUGGCACUGUUUUGUGCACUGUUUUAAAUCAACUCUGUCCUGGUUGCAUUGAGAUGGAAAGCAGUUCUGAUCCUGAUUUCACAAACGUAAAAAGGUUUCUUGUAGCUGUUGAUGAAUUAGGUCUGCCUAGCUUCGAACUGGCAGACUUACAGCAGGGAUCAAUGGUGCCAGUUUUUCAUUGCCUUAGUACACUAAAGGCAUCUUUUGAUUAUGCUGCUGGGGGAGAGAACAAUGAAAAUCAUACAAGAAAGAGAUGGGAUUUUUCAGAGACAGGAUCUCUGGAGGAUAUUGAUUUUUCCCAAGGGGAUGUGUCAACCUGUGGACAACUUCCUGGGCAUUGUCCUGUUAUAUCAGAGCCGUUAUCUGCCCAUGAGGUGUUGCAACUGAAGCAAGCUGCCAAUCUAUCCGAAGAUAAGAUUUUGGAAUUGACAAAAUCAAACAGUUUUGAUAAUGCUUCAACUCAAUCGCUUUUCCUAAUGGUGUAUAGGAUCCUAGAUGAUAGCAUUGAAAGAAAGAACGGGGAUGUUUCCAAUCGUGUUGCAUAUCUAUUGAGAAAGUUUAUGCAAGUAUUUGAGCAGCGAAUCUCAAAUCAGGCACAGAACUUGAAAAAUCAAAACAAUCUCUAUAGGGCUCGUGAGGAGAAGUAUCAAUCUAAAAUAAGAGUACUUGAAACCCUUGCAAUGGGGACUACUGAAGAAAAUGAGGUUGUUUUGAACCAGCUUCAGCGUGUGAAGAUUGAGAAAUUUGAAGUAGAGGAGAAGAAAAAACAUGAAGAACAGGAUGCGGAUAGAAUAAAGAAAGAGAAGUAUUUUAGUGAUAUGGAGAUUUCUACACUAAAACAAGAACUAGAAAUGACAAAAAGCUUGCAUGAAAAUCAUUACCUGCAGUUGGAGGAAACCUCUAAGGAGGUUAAAGUUGAAUUAGAAAAGCAGUUAAAGGAACUGCAGUGUCUUCUAAUGGAUUCAGGGAAAAAAGUCAAAGAACUAGAGGCAUUUUCUGAAUCUGAAUCACGGAGAUGGAAAAACAAAGAGCACAUUUAUCAAAGCUUUGUAAAUUUACAAUUUGAAACACUGAAGGAAUUAAGGGCUUCCUUGGAGUCCAUAAAGCUUGAAAUCUCGAAGAGCAAAAAAAGUUACUUUGAAGAAUUUAAUUACUUGGGAUCGAAGCUUAGAGGACUUGCAGAUGCUGCUGAAAAUUACCAUGCAGUUCUUAUAGAGAAUCGCAAAUUGUAUAAUGAGGUUCAAGAUUUAAAAGGUAAUAUUAGAGUUUACUGUCGGAUAAGACCAUUCCUUCCAGGGCAAAGUAGGAAGCAAACCACCAUAGAAUAUAUUGGUGAAAAUGGUGAGUUAGUUAUUGCAAAUCCCUCUAAACAAGGAAGCCGCAGACUGUUUAAAUUCAACAAAGUUUUUAGUCCUGCAGCCACUCAAGAGGAGGUGUUUUUAGACACUCAACCAUUAAUUCGUUCUGUCCUUGAUGGAUACAAUGUUUGUAUAUUUGCUUAUGGUCAAACUGGCUCAGGAAAGACCUAUACAAUGAGUGGGCCAAGCUUAUCCUCAACAAUGGACUGGGGAGUCAACUAUCGAGCAUUGAAUGAUCUUUUUCAAAUUUCUGAGGCCAGGAGGAGCUCUAUUUCUUAUGAAGUUGGUGUUCAAAUGGUUGAGAUAUACAAUGAGCAAGUUCGUGAUUUGCUCUCAAGUGCAAGCACUCAAAAAAGACUUGGGAUUUGGAAUACUGCCCAACCAAAUGGGUUAGCUGUACCUGAUGCUAGUAUGCAUCCUGUAAAAUCAACUUCAGACGUUCUACAGCUGAUGAACAUUGGGUUAACGAACAGGGCAGUUGGUGCAACAGCCCUAAAUGAAAGAAGCAGCAGAUCCCAUAGUGUUCUCACUGUUCAUGUUCGUGGAAUGGACUUGAAGACCGAUACUGUUCUGCGUGGCUGUCUACAUUUGGUAGAUCUUGCUGGCAGUGAAAGGGUGGAUCGCUCUGAAGCAACUGGAGAUAGGCUUCGGGAGGCACAACAUAUAAACAAAUCACUAUCAGCUCUAGGAGAUGUAAUUUUUGCUUUAGCACAAAAGAAUGCUCAUGUACCAUAUCGAAAUAGCAAAUUAACUCAAGUCCUUCAGAGCUCUUUAGGUGGUCAAGCAAAAACCCUUAUGUUGGUACAGCUUAAUCCUGAUGUGGAAUCCUAUGGGGAAACUAUAAGCACCUUGAAGUUUGCAGAGAGAGUUUCAGGUGUUGAAUUAGGUGCUGCGAGGAGCAACAAAGAGGGAAGAGAUGUUAGAGAACUGAUGGAACAGGUUACGUUCCUUAAGGACACAAUUUCCAAGAAAGAUGAGGAGAUUGAACAGUUGCUGAAGGCCAAUACUAAUGGUUUGAGGCGUGGAAUGAGCCCACUGAGAUAUGGGUCUUCAUCUCCAAGAAAAAGUUCACUUGCAACUCCGAAACAGAACCAUAAAGUGUCAGAAGGAAAAGGAUUACGUCUAUUUGAUAAAAUAGCUUCUGAUUUUGACAACUGCUCAGAGUAUAGUGAUAAGCAUUCUGAAGCUGGUUCUCAGAAGUCAAUGAAUGGCUUUAGACAUCAGAAUGAUAUUCCCUCUCAGUCGAAGCCUGCAGGAGAUUCAAGUAAGGAUUUAACCGAAGAUUUUGAACUCUUGGGCUUUGGAGAUGCAGAUUCAGAGGAAAGAUUGAGCGACAUAUCUGAUGGCGGUCUUUCCAUGGGAACAGAAACUGAAGGUUCCAUUUCCAGUGUUGUAGAGUAUACUCUUUUCCCUGACGUUGCAAAACCAGUGGAAGACACUAAAGCUGGUAACGUAGAAGUUAAAAACUCUCAAGCUAAUGUAAUAGAAACUGAAAAUUUACAUGUUAAAAAGCCUCAAGCUGAGAGAAUUCAGGCGGGGAACACUCAGGCAGAAAAGACACAAUCUGAGAAAACAGAAAAACUUGAAACCAGGAACAGUUUACCAUCGAAACUUCCGAAGCCCACUCAAAAGCUUGUGCAAACAAAAUCUUCUCGUUUGUCAUUGGCCAAAAGUUCCUCAAAGGUUUUGCCAAGUCCUAGGAAAGCUGUUCCUAGCAGCAGCUCUUCCUCACCAAUGAAGAAUUCCAAACGAUGGCAUUAAAAGUGGCUAAAAUUUGAUGGCAAUAGAAUUCAUAGAAAUACUGUGUGUGCAUUCUUGAUAGGAAUCCAUUGUAGUUUGUGUUAACUAUAUGCUCCCCAUUUGUCUCUAUAUUUCAAUAGGCAGUUGGUUAUCUUGUAAUAUAUCUAUUUUAAGGAUGAUAGUUAACAAUUUCUUCUUCUUUUUUAGUUUUUUUGGUUCUUUUUUCCUUUUUUUUUGGAGUUUGUUUGUACUCAGUUUGGUUAUAGAUGCUGUAAGAUUCUGACA